AUGGAACAUUUCUUUAAUGCCUCCAUGCGUAUAGCAAACGCGGCUCAAGAAAACAGCUCAUGUGAGGUUCUCUUCACUCCCGAAACCUGUUGUACAGUUACGAAUAUCAUCAUUUGCAAAGAAUACUCGCUCGCUGGGGAAGAAUUCGAUGCCUUGCCCCAAGCCCUUCAAGACAGAAUUGAAAGCAACUGCACACUCCAGGCAUGCAACGAUGUCGCAAAGGGGGCAUACAAUAAUCGCAUUGAAGCCGACGAAGCGCGCGACGACGAAAUUGCGUGGAUAGUCAGCGGCGUCUUCUUGACUUUGUUUUCUCUGCCGGGCAUAGUAGUAGGUGCUUUCUACCUGGCUAAAUGGUAUUCUCGCCGUCGACAGAGAAGAUUCCAGACACGACAAGAGCAAGACCGAAGGAAUGCGAACGCCAGAGACCAACGAGCAAAGGUAAUCAUGUGGCGAGAGGGUUUGGAGCUAGAAGUCCCUCCACCGAGCUACAGCUUCUACCCGCCGGUCUAG